AAGUAAAGGUUCAACCUAGUUGAAGUCGAAGAAAAAGUCGAAAAAGUUAUUGGUGGAAGGUACGAUACACAAUCAAAGUUCAUAGCUUAGAUUAUAGAAUAUAAAAGGGCUAAUUCGCCACUGGGAAAUUUAAUUUUUUCUUUUGUUUAAUACUAAUUUGCGCAAAAGGAUCUUUGAUAUCUGUCAACUAGUAUCAUUGGUCAACUGUUUUUGGAACUUCUUCGCAUGUGCAGGAGACGGAGUUCCUCACACAACAACAGCAUUAACUUUCCAACAAUCAUGGCUUCCAUUUCGUUGAUAAUAUCCCUGGUUUUUGUGCUUGGUUCCCAAUUCUCUUUGGCACAAAAUCCGGACUUGCAAACCUAUAUUGUUCGCCUGAGUGAUCAGGGAGUUGACCGCAACAUUCUCAGGGACAGGGGAAGCAGAGAAAGCUGGCUAACCUCACUGUUAUCAGCGGUGGUAGCAGGAAUCGAUCAUAAGUUGCGAGUUCGCCACUUCUACCACCGCGUUUUUCCUGGAUUCGUUGUCCAGCUAACGCACGAGGAACUGGAAGCAUUGAAAAAAAUGAAGGGAUUUGUAUCAGCCUGGCCUGAACGCAGCCUUCAUUUGCGCACCACCUAUUCCCCUAAGUUCCUUGGUUUACAGCAAAAUCAGGGAUUCUGGCAGUCCUCAAAUUAUGGACAGGGUAUCAUCAUCGGAGUCCUGGAUUCAGGAAUAGCAGCCGAUCAUCCCUCGUUUGGGGAUGAAGGGAUGCCGGCUCCACCCGCGAAGUGGAAAGGAGGAUGUCAAGUCAUCCAGUGCAAUAACAAGCUCAUUGGUGCUAAAACAUUUAUAGCAGAUGAUAAUGAUCCCCUGGAUCAAGAAGGCCAUGGAACUCAUGUAGCAGGUAUCGCAGCCGGGAACUUUGUCGCAGGGGCAAAUGUGUUCGGCAUAAUCGCCAAUGGCACCGCUGCUGGAAUCGCGCCUCGCGCCCAUCUUGCCAUGUACAAGGUUUGCACUGCAAAAAGUUGCUUUGACGGAGAUAUACUCGCUGGAAUCGACGCGGCUAUCGCUGAUGGUGUUGACGUGCUCUCGCUUUCACUUGGUAAUGAUUCUCUCAGACCCUUUCAUGAAGAUUCGAUUGCAAUUGGUACAUUCAGUGCUGUUCAAACCGGCGUGUUUGUGAGCACAGCACCCGCAAAUAGUGGCCCUGGCUUCGGGUCGAUAACUGAUAAUGUGGCUCCUUGGGUUCUCACCGUUGGAGCCAGUAACAUGGACAGGAAACUCAGGGCCAAUGUUAUCCUCGGAAACAAUCAGGGAUUCUACGGCGAGUCAGUUUACCAGCCAAAGAAUUCCCCUGCAACGCAAUUACCCCUGGUUUACUUAAGAAAACUGAACCCGAAUGAUCCCGAUGCUCCGUUUUGCAACUCGAGCCGUUCAUUGACGAAUUCCAACAUCGGGGGUAAGAUUGUGCUGUGCAUGAUGGGAACUACGGGUAAUUCCGUCGUAGGAAAAAUGGUAAAUGAUGCCGGUGGUGCCGGAAUGAUUCUCAUGAAUGACCAAACCGAGGACUACACAAUGGAUGUCCGCAAUUAUUUUCUCCCGGCCUCACAUGUGAACUUUGAAGCUGGGCAAAAGAUCAUAAACUAUGUCAACACAGCACCAAAUCCAACAGCCCAAAUCAAUUUUAAAGGGACCGUUUUCGACCGGGAUCCUCACGCUCCGGCUGUUGCUUCAUUUUCUGGCAGAGGACCUAGCCCAGUAAGUCCAGGCAUAUUAAAGCCUGAUAUAGUCGGCCCCGGAGUUAACAUCCUGGCAGCCUGGCCUUUCUCCAUUGAAGGAAAUUCCGGCACAACAGCCAACUUCAACAUACUGUCCGGCACUUCAAUGGCUUGUCCUCAUCUUAGCGGCGUCGCGGCGCUCCUCAAGAGCUCGCAUCCAGAUUGGUCACCUGCUGCUAUUAAAUCUGCAAUGAUGACCACUGCUAACCCGAGAAACAUCGGGAAUCAGCGGAUUGAGGAUCAAACCCGGAACCCGGCUGAUUUUUUCGCCGUUGGUGCAGGGCAUGUCAUGAGCAACACGGCUAAUCAUCCAGGACUCAUUUACGAUAUCCGUUCCGAUGAUUACAUAAAAUAUCUCUGCGGGUUGGGUUAUACAGAUGAACAGGUUCGCAAAACAGUUUCGGCCCCGGUGAUCAGAUGCGGAACUUUGGGAUCUAUACCAGAAGCACAACUCAACUAUCCUUCCUUUUCAAUCAGGAUGACAACAACAUCGCCGGAAUCAUCCACUCAGACAGUGACGAGAACGGUUAGAAACGUCGGGCGGUUCGACGAAACCUAUAAUGUUCAGGUUAUCCAACCUAAUGGAGUUCAAAUGGUUGUCGAGCCUACUACAUUCUUCCUGCAGAUAAACCAGCAAUUCACUUAUCGAGUGACAUUUACUCGUUCGUCCGGUACUACAACUUCCGGCCCCCGAUUUCAUCAAGGAGCCCUGAUAUGGAAUUCUGAAAGUGGCAGGCACUCUGUAAGGAGUCCAAUCAUGGUUGAGUUUUAUUGAUCAUCACUUUUAUUUGUUGUGAUGAUAUCAUUCUUCUUUUUCUGGUAUUCAAUUUCAUUGUGUAAUGUUACUGUUUACCCUUUUCUCGUUAGAUGGAUUCUUUUGUAUGAGCAAACCAAAAUCAAAUAGACUAGUAGUACAUGUUAAUUUUACCUUUUCAAAUGGAAGAUUAAAGAAAAUUUGGACAUUGAAAAAGGGGAUCAUUCGAUUUUUUCUUAUUUUUUUAUUUUUUACUCAGUGUUUGCAGGGAUAUUUUCGCUUUGUGCAGAAUUUUCGAAAACAGAAGAUUAGAAGCCAACAAAGUAAUCAAGUA